AUGCCUUCUUUAAUCCAAUCUUCCCUCGCCAUUUUGGCGCUCUCUUCGUCGGCCCUGGGAGCCUACUCCAUCGACAAGGCCUUCAAGUUCGACGUCCAUUCCCACGUCGUCCCGCCUAUUUACAAAGAAGCGCUCAUCAAGGCCAAAUAUCCUGUCGAUGCGGCCACCGGUCUUGUCUUCACUGAUGGCUUCCCAGUACCAGACUGGACCCUGGCAAACCAUAUCGCCACCAUGAACACGAAUGGUGUCAACUACUCGACCAUUUCGAUCAGCGCCCCGGGUGCUAACUUCUACGCCGGCCAGAAGAAUAAGAUGUUGACCUUGGUCAGAUCGUUGAAUGAUGCCAUGGCCAGUUACACAACCCAAUACCCUACUAGAAUCGGCGCCAUGUGUAUCCUGCCACUUCCGUAUAUUGAGGCGUCCAUAGCAGAAAUCGUCUACUGCCUCGAUACCCUCAAAUUUGAUGGCGUCGGUCUCUACACCAACGCAGAUGGUACCUACCUCGGCGACAGAGCUCUGGAUCCAGUCUUUGAUCUCCUCAACGCCCGUGGCGCAACCGUUUUCGUGCACCCCUCCAAACCCUGCAGUGGCUCUGUAUCCCUAGGCUAUCCAGACCCAAUGAUCGAAUACCCAUUCGAGUCCGUACGUGCCAUGGAGAACCUACUCUUGACCGGUCAGCGCAGCCAAUAUUCCAACAUGAGCAUCAUCUUCCCCCACGGUGGCGGAGCUCUGCCAUACCUUGCGACUCGAAUUGCUGGCCUGGCCAGUCUACCAUUCAUGGGAGGACUCAGUGUGCCGGAUUCGUUGAACCAGUUCAAGGGAUAUCUAUUUGAUACCGCGUCCAGCACCUCCGUUGUGCAAUUGAUUGCCAUGAAGCAGUUCUUCGGUAGCGUUAGUGGCAUUGUCACUGGGACUGAUUUCCCCUACGUUCCCCAGGCUCAAGCAGCCGCCGGCCUCGCCUCCACCAAAGCAAACGGCCAAUUCACCGACGACGAAAUGGGAUCAAUCAACAACGCAAACGCCUUCAGAGUGUUCCCCAAGGUCGCAGCUAAAUUGGGUUUCGCAAUUGUGUAA